UAAAAAAAUUUUUUAAAUGACAGGAGCACUAGAUAUUCUUAAAAAAAGGGAUUUAAAAUUUAUUUUAAACAUAAUUGCUAAUAUUGUGAAGCACACGUAAUUGUAUUGUUUAAGAAAAUGGAAGGAAAGGUAGAUAAUCUAAAGCAUAAAACAGACGAAAAGAUCUCGAAGAAAAAGAUAACUAUAACUGUAGAUGAAGAUGAUCCUUGCCUCAAAAAAGACGAGAUUCAUGAGGAAGAAGGAUUUAAAUUUUCUCCUGGUGAUGACCCGAGAUUUCAACAACAAAAUCAGACGCAGAGAUGUUUUGUGAUGUAUACAGACUUCUAUCGUUGUCAACAUAUUUUAGGUGAAGAUUCCGAAGCAUGUACGUGGUUUAAAGACGUUUUUACGUCCAUAUGUCCGAGGGCCUGGGUGGAACGUUGGGACGAACUUAGACUUACAGGCAGAUUACCUUGGCACAAAUACAGAACUCAAGGCCCUUUCCCUGGCAACAAAUAUGGUGAAUAAAAAGAAAGAGAAGAAUCAAUCUUCUAGAAUAAAAUUAAAAAGUUUUAUAAUAUUUGAAGUGGAAUUAAACUAUUAUGAUUAACAUCAUUAUAGUAGUGACUGAUAAUUAAGAUAGAUAAUAGUUAUAAAAACUUAUACAAAAGUGACAGUACAGUAUAGAGACCAGGGAGGGAAUAUAUAAUUAAUUUACACGUUACGUAAGAAAAAAAUAUACAACUUUUAUUAUACAGGUACAAGAUUCAUUAAUAUGAGGUAACUUAUAUAUUGAAGUACGAAGAAAAAAAUAACUGAUCGUCCAUUGAUGAUUCGUAAUUGCUGGACUUCUCUUCAUUUUUAACUCUUCUUAGUAUGGUCGAUAGAUUCUUCUUUUCUAUCUGUAUACCACACUGAUUGUUCUUGCAGUUUAUGACACUUUUUUUUACUUACAAUCGUAAAAAAUAUACACUGUUAGAAAUUU